CGAAACUGCCCGCAACAAUAUAGUCAUCCAUUGGAUAUUGGCUUUCCGUACUGUUCUUGCAGUCGUUUUGGAUAUGUCUCAACUCGAUCCAUUACCUUCGGAUCUUCCCUUUCGGAUUAUCUCCAAGACUAUAGGUAGAGGGGCCUAUGCAUCAAUAAAGAAAGCCAUUCCUCCUCACGAUACGACUCCGAUCUUUGCGGUCAAGUUUAUACAUAAGGCCUAUGCGGUCAAGCAUGGCCGUAUAUCAGCAAAGCAAAUUGCUAUGGAGGUGUCCUUACAUUCCCAUAUCGGUCAACAUCCAAAUAUUAUAGAAUGGUUCGCUACUGGAGAAGAUGCAAUAUGGAAAUGGAUUGCAAUGGAGUACGCAGAGGGUGGCGACUUAUUCGACAAAAUUGAAGCGGAUGUGGGAGUUAGUGAGGAUAUUGCGCACUUCUACUUCACACAAUUGAUCAGUGGAGUCAGCUAUAUGCAUUCGAAGGGAGUAGGGCAUCGAGAUAUCAAGCCGGAAAACAUAUUGCUCUCGGACAGUGGCAAUUUGAAGAUUGCAGACUUCGGACUUGCAACACUAUUCGAAUAUCAAGGUCAAACGAAACUCAGUACGACGAUGUGUGGAAGCCCUCCUUAUAUAGCCCCGGAGGUCAUAUCUUGUUCGAAGAGCACUCAGUCAAGGCAUGCACCAAAAGGGUCAGGUUAUGCUGCUAACCUAUGCGAUAUAUGGUCUUGUGGAGUUGUUCUCUUCGUUCUACUUGUUGGCAACACACCUUGGGAUGAGCCAACUGCUCAGAGCUGGGAAUUCGAGGAAUACUUGGGAAAGAAGGGUCGAAGUACAGAUGAUUUAUGGCAAAAGCUUCCCAGUUCAGUCCUAUCAUUGCUUCGAGGUAUGAUGAACGUGGAUCCGAGGAAACGCUUCUCUUUCAACCAUAUCAAACAGCAUCCAUGGUAUACUCGAAGAAAUCCUCUCCUCACUGCUGAUGGCAAGAUGACGGAUCCACUGAGUCUUGCAACACAAAUGCUGGAAGGUCUGAGGAUUGACUUCAGUCAACAACCUACAUCUUCUCAAAGAGUACAGCGAGGUUCAGAUGCCAUGGAUCUAGAUGACGACCACACAACUCGAUUCUCCUUCACCCAGCCCGAAACCCCAAUCAACGAUGUAAUGUUCGACUGGGAACGACCACCCCGAGUCAACGCCACAACAGCCUUCAGCGCCAGUCAACCAACCCGCACCAGCGACGGCGGAAUCUGCACCAUGACCAACGGCUCCGCAGGACACCCCUUCGAAUCCCUCGCCGACGAGCCCAGCAUGAGCCAAUUCACACCCGCACCCUCCGUCCCGCUCAGCCUCACCCAGCACGCACGCCGCUUCCGCGACAUCGUGCCCAACUACUCCCUCACAAGAUUCUUCUCUCACCUCUCCUCGCCCCUCCUCUUACAAAUGCUCAGCGACGCGCUCCACCAACUCAACGUCCCCAUUCCCCCAGUCUCGCAGAUCCAGGGACGAGAACACGCUGGCUGGAUUAAAGUCAAGACCCUGGAUGGCAGACAAUGUAGCAUGAACGGCGAUAUCGUAAUCGACACCUAUAUUGCAGGCGAAGCGGAACUGCUCGAGGUCAGAUUUGUAAAGGUCAAAGGCGAUCCGUUGGAAUGGAGACGGUUCUUUAAGAACGUGGUUGUGUUGUGUAAAGAUGGUGUUUACGUUCCUAGUGCUUAGCAUAGCGAUGGCGUUGGAUAGGAGAUGUUCUGUAUGUUUGUAGUUACCAUUCAAUACAUAAUGUCAC